AUGGUAAUCUGUUUGAGGUCUCCCAGAUGUCACAAAAGUGGCUCGUUAGCGGUCAGAGGCCUGGGUGGUACGAAAAGACUGUUGAUCCGGCAGAGUUGGUUCGGCAUAAAAAACAAUUCUCAACCUAAUCAAAUCCAUCUACCGACCAUCGAAGGAUCAAUAGAGUGCGAAUUUAUUUUCAUACCUGCUUUAUGUGGCUCACAAAAGAACAGCCUCGCGCCUCCUUUUUGGCCUGCACUUGUAGUGACGGAUAAAGGGGAUCGAUUCAUGAGGACGGUUUCACAUCUGGAACAGAUGGGCCAUCAACGAAAAGUGUAA